AUGGUGCUCUGGAACUCGGUGCAGAUUCCGAAUGCAUCCAGUGAGCUCGAGGAUUUUACACACGGAACAUGGAUGAGCCUUGUUGGGCUGUUGCAUCCCUACGAAUUCUUCGUGACCGUCGAUCAAACUACGUUGUGGCGUCGCCACGUGGCUUGGGCGAAACCUAGCGGCGAAGAAAUUAGAGACUAUACUACCCAGCGCUUCUCCUCCAACAUGGUAUUUCUGUCGCUGUUACUCGGCACCAACAUGAAUGUUCUGUUCAAUUCAUCUGAGGAUUCAACACAAAUGCGAGCGGCACUUCAUGAUCAAAACUACACUUCUCUCAAAUUCUAUAUCGGAGUUGUACUAGCUCUAGGGUCAUGUAUAACUGUUAUUGGUCUUGUGGCUACCUUCACCGCCUGGGGUAUGAUCGGGGCCAUUUCGGACACCAACUCCCACUGCUUGCUACGCUCCUCCAUGGGCCAAUACGUAACGUCGCUACCUUCGCGGUUUGUAGUGGCUUCUUUGUACCUCUUUCUUUUAUGGCUCAUAUUAGCUGUGGCAGAAUGUAUGGCCGGGCCUUUUCAGUGGCUCCUGGUCGGAGUUGUCCUGUUCCUCUUCUUUCAGGUGGUUAUAUCUUUAUCAGCUUUUGGACGAUUGAUCAUCCACACAGGGGCCAUGAGUAAGAAACGUGUUUUAGACCCCGAAUUUGAGCGAUAUUUGUUACCUAGUGGCUUGCACGCGUCUUUAUUGAUCAAGGCCAGCGAAGGUUCGCGUCGGAGGACCUCCGUAAUGACGCAGUAUCACGGUGGAGUGUUCAAGAAAAGGCGAAACGGAUGCAGCAGAACCUCGCAUGUCGGCGACAAGACCCCGUCGCAGAAAUCGCAAGCAAUGCCAAACGCUAGUCCAUGCGAGGAUGUCAAUACCUCCUUGAAAUUUCUCAAUCCGAAGUUCUUAAACCACGAGGGCAAAGUUACUGUUCAAACCAGUGCGGAUAACUGGAACGAGACGACCACGGAAAAUACUCUGCUUCCCCCCGCCCACACUUCUAAAUCAGCAUCACCAGCGAGAGAUCCUAACCACGGCCUCCAUCAUGAUAGUAGUGAGUAUUCGACAGAGGAUGUCGAUGAGUUGGUAAAGCACAUCAAAUUUCCCCGUCCUUCCUUCUUAAACAGGACUGGACCUGAAGAGCUUCAGAACGUUGUGAACAUGACGCUGUCUCAAACGAACCUUGCAAUGGAAAACGACACGGAACCGCCAUCUACACCAGCCACUGGAUACGAGCUACGGCUGACAAAUGGAUUUAAUGAAGACACCCCUGAAGCAGCGGCUCGAAAAAUGGUCAAGCGUCAGAGUGCGACUUUUCGUCGAGGAGCAGUUCUGCAAAUGCAACAAGAAUGGGAGGAAGAAGCGAGCGUACGGAGCAUGUACAAUAUUGAUCCCCCAGUGGAAGUUCCUGUUCAACUUGAAACUUCUCGCUUCGAUAGGAAUCGAAUGCCACGCAUUAGUAUACUGAACCGAGCACGAGGGUUGGUUGCAUUACAACGUCUAGUGCAGGGAGGCGAUCUCGCGAACGAUUCGUCUGUUAUACAGCUAGAUCUAGCACAAUCUAACGGCCGGAAUCCGCUUCAUAACAUCCCAGAGAAAAAGCUCGAAUUUUUGCGAUCGGUAUCAGAGAAAUCAAAACCUUCUGUCGUAGAUCCCCAAACCGCACCUUCCCGAGAGGUUGACUACGGCUACACAUCGUUGGAAAACUCUGAGAGCCAGGACGCAUUCGCUUCUCCUUCUUCCAAGCAUAGUGUGUUGGCUAACAUCAAGCUUCUAGACAGUACUUCGCGUCCGCGUGAUAUGUUCUCUUUUUCUCCCGAUGAAGAAGAGGCCGGGGAGUACCAGGAAGUCCUACCCGAUGCGGAUGGCGGAGAAAGGCAGUAUCUACUGGGUCGAAAGGCCCGAAAAAUGUUCCAACGGAAUGCGCGAAAGCAGAAAAAAUCUCUCACCACCAAGAUGCAGUCAUAA